AUGUCCGGCCGGCUCGAGUCAGGCGUAGCACCUCCGGUCGGGGAUAAUCCCGCCGGGGACGCAAAAUCCGGCAUCAAGAAGCCUAAGAAGAAGAAGGUUUUGCUCAUGGGCAAGAGCGGCUCGGGGAAGUCGAGCAUGAGAAGCAUAAUAUUCAGCAACUACAUAGCCCGCGACACUCGAAGGCUAGGCGCCACCAUAGACAUCGACCUCUCCCAUGUCAAGUUCCUCGGCAACCUCACCCUCAACCUCUGGGACUGCGGCGGCCAAGAGGCAUUUAUGGAAAACUACCUCUCCCAGCAGCGUGUCCACGUCUUCUCACACGUCGGAGUCCUCAUCUACGUCUUCGACAUCGAGUCGCGCGAUGUCGACCGCGACAUGGCCACCUUCGUCUCCAUCAUCUCCGCCCUCGUCCAGUUCUCCCCCACCGCCCGCAUCUAUGUCCUAAUCCACAAGAUGGACCUCAUGCCCCCUCCUCCCGGGAGAACGUGUUCAACGAGCACGUCCGCACCGUCCGCCAAAAGACGGCCGAGCUCGCCGCCUCUGUCGGUCUCGCGGCAGGCGCUUCCGGCGACGUGCCCCCUCGACAUCACCCCUUUCGCCACCUCCAUAUGGGACCAGAGCCUCUACAAGGCCUGGGCCAGCAUCAUACACGAUCUCGUCCCCAACCUAUCCGCGAUCGAGCGGAAUCUCGCCAACCUCGGCGUCGCUAUCGAGGCCGAGGAGCUGCUCCUCUUCGAGCGCACGUCUUUCCUUGCCGUCUCCUCCUGGACAUCCGAGUCCGGUCAAGACAACCCCACCCACGACCGUCUCGAGCGCAUGUCCAACAUCAUGAAGCAAUUCAAGCAAUCCAUCAGCCGCUUCACGGGCACCCCCAGGAACGCCGAGCAGUUCGUCUGCAUGGAGCACAAGGCUGGCACCAGUUUCAGCCUCUUCAUCCUCAAGUUUACCACAAACACCUACCUCAUGGCCGUCCUACCCGCUGGUGAAGCUCGGUUCAACGCCGCCAUGCUCAACUGCCGCAUUGCCAUCGAGCAUUUCAAGUUCCUCGACGGCCCAAGCAGCCCGUCACCCUCCAAUCCGCAACAGUUCGGGUCCUAG